AAGAAGCCAGGGCGCCUGCGCAGACUCCACCCCACCCCUUCUCGCGUCGCUACUACAAGCCCGUCCGAGCAGUCGCGGCGUGUGCGUGUGGGAGAAAGCGAGAGGAAAGCCAGGCGGGCGAGUUGUCUCGCGCUGCUCAGGGGUAGCCGCCCUCGACCAACCGCCGGCCUCGCUCGGUCUCGCGCGGGAGCGCGCCCUUCAGCCUUCGAACGACCGGCCGACCAAUCGCCUGCUCGCCUUGUCGGCGCGCGCUUCUCUCUCUUUCUUUCUUUCUCUCUGUCUCUUUCCUUUUUUUGUCCUUUGAUUUUCUGUUUGCCUUCCGCCAAGCUCCCUCUUUUUCAUUAGCCUCGGUCGGGAGCAAAAAAAAAAAGAGAUUGAGAAAAAGAGAAAGAAACUUGUAUAUUAAUAUUAUUAUCACUUAAAAUCCGAGAAGACCUCCACCUCGUCUUCCUCUCCCCCGCCUUGCAAACCUCGCAAAGAUGGUGGACCGUGAACAGCUGGUGCAGAAAGCCCGGCUGGCCGAGCAAGCGGAGAGAUACGACGACAUGGCGGCCGCCAUGAAGAACGUGACGGAGCUCAACGAGCCGCUGUCCAAUGAAGAGCGGAACCUCUUGUCGGUGGCCUACAAGAACGUGGUGGGGGCCCGGCGCUCCUCUUGGCGGGUGAUCAGCAGCAUCGAGCAGAAGACCUCUGCUGACGGCAAUGAGAAGAAGAUCGAGAUGGUGCGGGCUUACCGCGAGAAGAUUGAGAAGGAGCUGGAAGCCGUCUGCCAGGACGUUCUCAGCCUCCUGGACAACUACCUGAUCAAGAACUGCAGCGAGACCCAGUACGAGAGCAAGGUCUUCUACCUGAAGAUGAAAGGGGACUAUUACCGCUACCUGGCCGAGGUGGCCACCGGGGAGAAGAGGGCAACGGUGGUAGAAUCCUCUGAGAAGGCCUACAGCGAAGCUCACGAGAUCAGCAAGGAACACAUGCAGCCGACUCACCCCAUCCGGCUGGGCCUGGCGCUUAACUACUCUGUUUUCUACUACGAGAUCCAGAACGCCCCCGAGCAAGCGUGCCACCUGGCCAAGACGGCGUUCGACGACGCCAUUGCCGAGCUGGACACCCUCAACGAGGACUCCUACAAAGACUCAACCCUCAUCAUGCAGCUGCUGCGCGAUAACCUAACGCUCUGGACAAGCGACCAGCAGGACGACGACGGCGGUGAAGGCAACAACUAGGCCCCCCUCGGACGGACUGG